UAAUUUGAAUUCUCUUUCUUUUUCUCUCUCUCCCACCAUAGCAACUUUGAACUGUGACAGCUCUUCUCUGUCCCAAAGUGUUGGCCUUCUUCCAACUCCUCCUUCUGUGACACUCUCCAACCCUUUUCUACUUUUUAUAAACUCAAGAGAGAGAGUGUGUUUGUGAGAAAGCAACUUGUUAGAGAAAACCAGAAACACAAGCUUUGUGUUUGUUUUUUUUUCUCUCUCUAUUCAUUCUGCAUUUGGUGCAAGAAACAGACUUCAAUCGUAAUUUAUAGCUACAGAUAUGUCAGGUCACUGGGGUAUUCUUGUUUCAGAUCCAUGGCUUCAGAACCAGUUCACCCAGGUGGAGCUUCGCAGCUUGAAAUCCCAAUUCGUGAGCAUGAGGAGGGAGAGUGGAAGGCUUACGGUUGGGGACUUGGCUUCCAAGAUGUCAAGGUUGAAGCUUGUGGGAGAGAAUCUCAGUGAAGAAGAGAGAGCUUCUUAUAUACAGGAUUUGUAUCAGAACACAAAUGAAGAGGUUGAUUUUGAAUUGUUUCUCAAGGUUUACUUAAAACUGCAAACUUUUGCAAGUUCUAGGACGGGGAGUAAUGCAAAAAACUCAUCAGCGUUCCUCAAGGCUGCAACAACCACAUUGCUUCACACAAUAAGUGAAUCUGAGAAGGCAUCAUAUGUUGCACAUAUAAAUAACUAUCUUGCGGGAGAUGAAUUCCUCAAGAAAUGCCUUCCUAUUGAUUCUUCAACCAAUGACCUGUUUGAAAUAGCAAAAGAUGGUGUUCUUCUUUGUAAGCUGAUUAAUGUGGCUGUUCCACGGACCAUUGAUGAAAGGGCAAUCAAUACAAAAAGAUUACUUAAUCCAUGGGAAAGAAAUGAAAACCACACGCUUUGCCUGAACUCUGCUAAAGCAAUUGGAUGUACAGUAGUCAACAUUGGAACUCAAGACUUCAUUGAAGGAAGGCGUCAUCUGGUGCUUGGAUUAAUUUCACAGAUUAUUAAGAUACAACUAUUGGCGGAUCUGAACCUAAAGAAAACACCUCAGCUUGUGGAGUUGGUCAGUGAUAGUGAGGGUAUGGAAGAGUUGAUGAGUCUGGCACCAGAAAAGAUUUUGUUAAGGUGGAUGAAUUUCCAUUUGAAGAAAUCAAGUUACAAGAAGAUAGUCAUGAACUUCUCCUCUGAUGUUAGGGAUGCAGAAGCUUAUGCUCACCUUCUAAAUGUUCUUGCACCUGAAUACACUAAUCCAUCCACAUUGGCUGUCAAAAAUCCUUACGAACGAGCAAAAUUAGUUCUUGAACAUGCUGAUAAGAUGGGUUGUAAGCGAUACAUAACAGCAAGAGAUAUAGUGGAAGGUUCCCCAAAUCUUAACCUUGCUUUUGUUGCACAUAUUUUUCAACACAGGAAUGGACUAUCAACUCAGACAAAACAGAGUUCUCUCCUUGAAAACUUGUUAGAUGACACCCAAGACUCUAGAGAAGAGAGAGCAUUUCGCCUCUGGAUCAAUAGCCUUGGAAAUUCAACAUACAUCAACAAUGUCUUUGAGGAUGUUAGAAACGGGUGGGUACUCCUGGAGACUCUUGACAAAGUGUCACCAGGGAUAGUGAAUUGGAAGAUUGCUAAUAAGCCACCUAUUAAGUUGCCAUUCAAAAAAGUAGAGAACUGCAAUCAAGUUGUGAAAAUAGGGAAACAACUUAAAUUUUCCCUGGUAAAUAUUGCUGGGAAUGACAUUGUGCAGGGCUAUAAAAAAUUAAUACUAGCAUAUUUGUGGCAGUUGAUGCGAUACAACAUCCUUCAACUCCUAAAAAACUUGAGAUUUCACUCUCAUGGGAAGGAAAUAACUGAUGUUGAUAUUCUGAGAUGGGCAAACAGCAGAGUCAGCAGUUCAGGAAGUCAAAGCCGAAUGAAUAGUUUCAAGGACAAGAGUGUAACAGAUGGAAUUUUUUUCCUUGAGCUUCUUAGUUCUGUGCAACCUAGAGCUGUAAAUUGGGGUCUUGUAACAAAAGGAAUAACUGAUCAGGAGAAAAUGAUGAAUGCCACCUACAUUAUCAGUAUUGCAAGAAAGCUUGGAUGUUCAAUAUUCUUGCUUCCUGAAGACAUCACUGAGGUGAAUCAAAAGAUGAUCCUUACUCUAACAGCUAGCAUAAUGUAUUGGUUCUUGAAACACCCUCUUGAAGAAAGAACAGUAGGGGGUUCAGACAGUGAGAGUGGGAGCCAAUUGGAGACUACAUCAAAUUCAACACUGGAUGAUUCUGCUUCUGACUCUUCAGCAGAAGAGAAUGGAAGCAUGUAAAUAUGACUUGUGAAAGUUUUUGUUUUCAUCAAUAUAUAAAUAAUUAAUGAUUUCAAUACCAAA